GACAGAUCUUACAAAGAUUAGGCAUUAUUUAAAAAGAACUCGUGAAUUUAGAAUACAAAAUCUAGUAAAAAAAAUGUUAAGUGAAGAACACACAAAAGUAGCCAAAAUCUUCAUAGCCGAAGCUAUAGGAACUGCAAUUUUACUUUUCAUUAACUGCUUAGGAUGUGUUGAUAAUUUGGAAAACUUCAAGCCUACAAUCAUUACUGCUUCUAUAGGAGCCGGACUAGCUUUGAUGAUUGCAAUCAAUAGCUUUGGUACAAUUUCUGGUGCUCAUGUAAAUCCAGCUGUGACACUUGGUGCAUUAAUCUUUAAAAUUAUAAGCUUUAAAGAUGCAAUUGUCUAUGUCGUUGCUCAACUAGUUGGUGGUGUUUUUGGACAUGUUCUAGUAAGAGCACUAGUUCGAUCUGAAUAUAUUUCUGAUUCUGAAAAUUUUUGUGUGAAUUCUCCACAAGUUGACAUUGGAAGAGCUGUUGUGAUUGAGUUUGUCAUCACUUUCAUUUUAAUGUGUGUAUUGAGUGCAGUUUGGGAUCCUAGGAAUGAGAAAUAUCAAGACAGCACAUCGAUGAGAGUGGGAUUCACAGUUUCUGCCUUGGUGUUAAUCGCUGGCAACUUAAGUGGUGGAUGCAUGAAUCCAGCUAGAAGCUUCGGUCCAGCAUUAUAUAAUGGUAAAUGGGAUCAUCACUGGAUUUAUUGGAUUGGACCCAUGCUAGGCUCAUUUGCAGCAUCGAUUUUAUUCAAAAAUGUCUUUUUAGAAUCAAAAGUGAACAAAGGAAGUCAGAGACUGCCGCAAAUUAGUGAUGAAGAAGAGCAAUUGAAGUGAAAUUAAAGUUAUGGGACGUUUAUGAAUGAUUUUUAACUAUUUUCCCCUUUGAAAAAGGGAGGGGG